UCGGGAAUGUGGUGCAGCCUCCACUUUAAUCCUACACGGUGAACAGCCGCGUGUCGGCGGCGCUGUGAAGAUGCCGAGAGAUGCUCUGAUCUUCCGGCUCUGUCCGCGAACGCGCUCGCGCUGUAAGAUGCGCAUGUGACGACAAAAGCCCAAGCAGGACCCGGUUUCUCUCUCACUCACUCACACACGCGCACACACAUAUAUAGAAAGCACCGCCAUCCGAGACACUGAGAAAUCUAACAGACGGCAUCAGGCUGAUCAGAUCUGAAUAGACGAGGUUUGCCGGGAUUUAACUGUUCAGAGUGCCGGCUCUGGCCCAGGCUGCAGCCAUGCCUCUCCUGGAAGAAAACACUCCACAAGAGCACCCACCUACUGUCCCUGUGGUCAUCAUAGGCAAUGGUCCAUCGGGGAUCUGUCUGUCCUACCUGCUCAGUGGGUACAAGCCCUACUUAGACCCAACUACUGUCCACCCAAACCCUGUACUAUACAGGAAGCUGCAGGAAACGAAGCACCUACCAGUCACUGAACAGGAUCUGGAAUAUUUGAGCGAAGGUCUUGAGGGGCGGUCAAGGAACCCUGUGGCGGUGCUUUUUGACACGUUGCUGCACCCCAAUGCUGAUUUCGGGUACGAUUUCCCUCCUGUGCUUCAGUGGAGGAGGGACAAGCAGCAACACAUCCCGCAUCUGGUGCUGGGGAAGGCAACACCCGGGGGUGCUUGGCAUGCAAUGGAAGGUUCCAUGCUGACCAUCAGCCUUGGCAUCUGGAUGGAGCUGCCCGGGGUCAACUACAGAGACCUGACGAAUGGAAAACGCAGGGAUGUAACCAGCGACAGAGCCACCCCAGAGGAAAUCUCCUCCUAUUACCGUAACUAUGUGAAGCUAAAGGGUCUCCAAAAGAAUUUUGUCGACAACACCUACGUGACCUCCGUCCAGAAACUCUGCCGGGGGCAUGAGGGGCAAAGUCUGGUGAAUGGAAACAGCGAUCAAGGAGAUCUCGGGGUGGGAGAUGGUGAGAAUGAGGGAAAUAAAGUUGAGUGUGUAACCAGUGGAGGAGGGGGGGCACUCUGGGAGGUUAGGGGAUAUCAGCAGGUGCAGAACAAUAGUCACGUCCCCUUUUCUCUGUUUGCCGAGAAUAUAGUUCUGGCCACCGGUGCGUCUGAUUCUCCAAUUCGAUUAGGUGUAGAAGGGGAGGACUUGCCGUUCGUAUCCCACAGUAUCUCAGACCUGGGACUGGCUCUAAGUCAGAGAAAGCUGGAUAUGACCUCUGACCCCGUUUUAAUUGUUGGUGCCGGUUUAAGUGCUGCAGAUGCGGUUCUGUGCGCAUGCAGCAGCAAAAUAAGAGUAUUGCACGUUUUCCGUAAGCGUGUAGAUGACUCCGACCUCAUCUUUAAACAGCUGCCGAAGACCCUGUACCCAGAGUACCACAAAGUCUACAACAUGAUGUGCUCUCAGACCUACCUGAGCAUGGCUGCCUCCUCUGAGCCUAACAGACCCCAGGCAGUGAGCAUUGCUUCUUCAGUAUGUGCCAAAAUGUGCCCAAAACCACAACUUGCCACAGGCAACAUGGCUGCUAAUGCCAGUGUAAGUCUGUUCCCAGACUACACCAGUUUUCCUGAACACUGCGUGGUAUCUCUGCAGUCUGACAUGAAGUGUUUGCUGCAGGGGAACAACUCCCUCAAGGCCUUCAAGAUUUCCAUGGUCUUUGUCCUGAUUGGGACCAAUCCCAACUUGUUUUUCUUGAAGGGUCAGGGCCAGUACCUGGGGCAGGACCCAACAAAGCCCAUCUCCUGCAAGCAGAACCCCAUCGACAUCCACCCAUACACGUUUGAGUGUACGAAGGAGCCGGGUCUGUUUGCCAUGGGUCCCCUUGUGGGAGACAACUUUGUUCGAUUUUUGAAAGGCGGCGCUUUAGCCAUCGCCUCCUGUCUGCUGAAGAGGCUCAAGAAGAAAGGGAAAGUCAUCAGCAAUGGAGGAAAUAAUUUCAUCUGAACACGCGAUGGAAAAGUAAGAAGUGUUUGUGUUGGUCGCAGGGCACACGUUUUUAGUGCUUUUACCAACUCAAGGGAAAGGGGAAGGUGACAACAAGAAUCUGAAUCUGUUUUAAUCAUUAAUGCAGUUCUUUUCACAUCAAAGCUUUCUCGUUUUUACAACACGGAGACCAAAAAGACAAUGGAUGUAAAUCAAUUAGUUUCUAAAGAAACAGAAGACAACGCUCAAGAGUCUUGUCUGGCUUCAUAAGAAGUCUCCAGAAGUCCACUUUGAGAAUGUGCCAACGUUUUCUAGCCGAUCUGUAACCUCACAACUGAAUGGGACCUUACCUUCAUCAGGGUUAUUUAUUCGUUCAACUACGCCUACGUCUGUUUUCUUACCAUUAGGAGAGGGAACACUGACCUUGACUGACAUACCUUUACAGUAGCCAUGGUUUUAUAGGAUGUGUCAGAAUCUGUGGCACAAAACAAAUCUAGAACUACAGAUGUGUUAAUGUUCCUGAUAACUCUGAGCCUAUCAUUUUUACUUUUUCUAACUUAUGACUUUUUUCGGGGCUGCUAUGUUACAGUAAGUAUUCAGAGCCAUAUACCUAAAAAAAGUGGAAGUAUGAAUAAUCAGACCUGUUGCUCUACUGUAGUUACAACUGCAGUAUAACCUACUGAAAGGCUUUCUAUGCAAAUCAUUUCACUUGCAGAUGAUGAAUGUAUUCUUGGCGCCAACAGCUAAUUACUGUGAGCAUCAAGUUUGGAUUAAAGUGGAUAUAGAAACCGAAGGUCAGUCUACUUUCAUACAGUGCUUCACAGCGCUUGGGAAUUUUAAAUGUACAUUAGCCUUUUCCCAGUGCCAUUUUUUUCCCAAAGAUUUUUUUUCUUGGAUUUUAUUUUUGAGAUAAUUUAUGAAUUUCUGGUAAUUAGCAGCCAUAACUAUGUUAUGAUAAAGAAGAAUCUUUCACCAAAGCUCCUCAGAAAUGAAUUCACAUUACACCACAAUAAUAAAGAAAAUUAUUAUUAUUAAUUUUAUUUUAUGAUAAAAUUAUCAUACAGAUGGUGGUUGAAAAUAGCAUGAAUCAGGAAACAUCAGUAUGGUUCUUUAGCUUCAAGAAAUGUUCGAAAAAAUGUUUUUAAUGCAAAUCCAUAAUAUGGUGACUAAGAGAAAAUGAGCUUCAAAAAGAAAAGACCGGAAAAAGUACGUUAAUAAUAAUGGUGUUCAAAUAAACCUUUUUCUAUUUUUUAA